ACUUCUGAGAGUCUGGAUUGGGUACCACAACUUCCGUUGUGGCCUUUCCAGGCGUAAAGUUCCUGAAUAUAAAAGCAGAGAAAGUUCYGGCGCGAGACUGUGCUCAAGAUUUCCAAAUUUUCUCUUCGCGCUUGAGUGGUCAGAGCUGAAAGGGGAAAGCUGAAGCCACACAAUCUAACUCAAAUACCUGGGAACCAUUUUGUGCUUUGCAAGACACUCUGGGACUUGUAGUUCUACUUCGGGAACGGCCUCACUGGGACUGACAGCUGCCGGAAGUGAGGCUGCGGGGAAUGGCCGCCGCGGCGACCAUGGCGGCAGCUGCCCGGGAGAUGGUGUUGCGGGCUGGGACCUUAGAUAUGGAGGAAGAGGAGGGCCCGCUGGGGGGUGGUCCUGGGCUUCAGGAGACACUGCAACUUGGGGAGUUGGAUAUCACCUCUGAUGAGUUCAUCCUGGAUGAAGUAGAUGUUCACAUUCAGGCAAAUCUGGAGGAUGAGUUAGUGAAGGAAGCUCUCAAAACGGGUGUGGAUCUACGCCACUACUCAAAGCAGGUUGAACUGGAGCURCAACAGAUUGAGCAGAAAUCCAUUCGGGAUUAUAUCCAAGAGAGUGAGAAUAUAGCAUCUCUGCACAACCAGAUCACAGCCUGUGAUGCUGUCCUGGAGCGCAUGGAGCAGAUGUUAGGAGCUUUUCAGAGUGACCUCAGCUCCAUCAGCUCUGAGAUCCGGAUACUGCAGGAACAGUCAGGAGCCAUGAACAUUCGACUUCGAAACCGCCAGGCAGUUCGGGGRAAACUUGGGGAGCUUGUUGAUGGUCUGGUGGUGCCCUCUGCUCUGGUCACGGCAAUUCUAGAGGCUCCAGUGACAGAGCCUAGAUUCCUGGAACAGUUGCAGGAGCUGGAUGCCAAGGCAGCCGCAGUCAGGGAGCAGGAGGCUAGAGGCACUGCAGCCUGUGCAGAUGUCAGAGGUGUGCUUGAUCGGCUCCGGGUCAAGGCAGUGACGAAGAUCCGAGAGUUCAUCCUCCAGAAGAUUUAUUCCUUCAGGAAACCAAUGACCAACUAUCARAUCCCUCAGACAGCCCUACUGAAGUACAGAUUCUUUUAUCAGUUCCUACUGGGCAAUGAACGAGCAACAGCAAAGGAAAUCAGGGAUGAGUAUGUGGAGACGCUGAGCAAGAUCUACCUGUCUUAUUACCGCUCUUACCUUGGGCGGCUCAUGAAGGUGCAGUAUGAGGAAGUCGCUGAGAAAGAUGAUCUAAUGGGUGUGGAAGAUACAGCGAAGAAAGGAUUCUUCUCGAAGCCAUCCCUCCGUAGCAGGAACACCAUCUUCACCCUGGGCACCCGUGGCUCUGUCAUCUCUCCUACUGAGCUUGAGGCUCCCAUCCUGGUGCCCCACACAGCCCAGCGGGGAGAGCAGAGGUAUCCAUUUGAGGCCCUCUUCCGMAGCCAGCACUAUGCCCUCCUAGACAAUUCCUGCCGUGAAUAUCUUUUCAUCUGUGAAUUUUUUGUGGUGUCUGGCCCAGCUGCRCACGACCUAUUUCAUGCUGUCAUGGGCCGUACGCUCAGCAUGACCCUGAAACACCUGGAGUCCUAUCUGGCUGACUGCUACGAUGCCAUUGCUGUUUUCCUCUGUAUCCAUAUUGUUCUUCGGUUCCGCAACAUUGCAGCAAAGAGGGAUGUUCCUGCCCUGGACAGGUACUGGGAACAGGUGCUUGCCUUACUGUGGCCACGGUUUGAGCUGAUAUUAGAGAUGAAUGUCCAGAGCGUUCGAAGCACUGACCCCCAGCGCCUUGGGGGUCUGGAUACUCGGCCCCACUAUAUCACACGCCGAUAUGCAGAGUUUUCCUCAGCUCUUGUCAGCAUCAAUCAGACGAUUCCCAAUGAACGGACCAUGCAGCUGCUGGGACAGCUCCAGGUGGAGGUGGAGAAUUUUGUUCUCCGAGUGGCAGCUGAGUUCUCCUCGAGGAAGGAGCAGCUUGUGUUUCUGAUCAACAACUAUGACAUGAUGCUGGGUGUGCUGAUGGAGCGGGCUGCAGACGACAGCAAAGAGGUGGAGAGUUUCCAGCAGCUGCUCAAUGCUCGGACACAGGAAUUCAUUGAAGAGUUACUGUCUCCUCCUUUUGGAGGUCUGGUGGCAUUUGUAAAGGAGGCUGAGGCUCUGAUUGAGCGUGGACAGGCUGAGAGACUUCGAGGUGAAGAAGCCCGGGUAACUCAGCUGAUUCGUGGCUUUGGUAGUUCCUGGAAAUCAUCAGUGGAGUCUCUGAGUCAGGAUGUAAUGCGCAGUUUCACCAACUUCAGAAAUGGAACCAGUAUCAUUCAGGGAGCCCUGACCCAGCUGAUCCAGCUCUAUCAUCGCUUCCACCGUGUGCUGUCCCAGCCCCAGCUCCGAGCUCUCCCUGCCAGAGCUGAGCUUAUCAACAUUCACCACCUUAUGGUGGAACUCAAGAAGCACAAGCCCAAUUUCUGAUAUGCCGAGAUCCACACUGAGACCUGCCAAUCCUCUCCAUGGAUUUCUGCACCCCAUCUCGUACCCUGCAUCACCUGGGUCCCCCUUCAAACUCACCCAAUCUCCAUUGCCAGGACUCUGCCUCAACAGGAUCAGCCCUCGAAUCUCCCAGCAUCUUCAGGUUUCCCAAAACCACUUCCUUUGGCUUCAAUAAUGGUCUUUAUCAUUUCUCCAGUCUUGUCACCCUCCUCUCACACACCCAAGGCUCCUCUCUUCCCCUGGUUAAAACUUUACUGCCUCAACCUCUGGUUCACUUAACUGGAAUCCUAUGGUGUGAAGCUGAACUCUUGGAAUUGGUGACCAGGGAUAACAAACUGAUUUUUGUUUGACUCAAAGUAAUUUCUGUAACAUCUUGGCCUAAGGUCUCAGCAACUUGAACACUAAACCAGCCCUUCCCGGCUUGAGAAUCACUCCAAGGUCAGUCUGCAGAAAACAAUAAAUAUUUAAUAUGA